AUGAACCUAAACGUUACGAUACGAGCAGGCCUGACCGGGUCAAGUAGCGAAACUAGCCAAAGUCGGUCUAAAAAAUAUGGUAGUAACGUGCUGCACAAAUCGAAGCUAAAAAAAGACGUUUCAGAAAAGAGGAAAGGAAAAAUCGUGGCAAAAAGAUCCAAGAAUCUGAGUCCAAAAUUAUCAGCUGGCAUUUCUGUCUUACCUUCUGAUAGAAGAAAUAACUUAACUGUGCUGGAAGGAGUUCUUUCUGAGGUGGGGGAUGGGGACAGCCACCAGGGGUGGAGGAAGUACGCACACAAGUUUGGCCUCCUGGGACGCCUCGUUUCGAAGAGGUACUCGGGGAGUGCCAGUUCAGGAGGAACACAGCACGGUGGAAGUUUAAGGGGAACAACACACAGCGGUAGCAACUCGCAACGGUCCGCGAAGAAAAGUACCCAUCCAAAGCAGAUUGGAAGCAAGUUGGUAAAACAAGACGCAAAAGCAAACACACAAGAGGAAGAAAAAAAAAAAAGCCACCUGACUAGUCAGCAAAAAAAUAUUCCUCCAAAAAAAAAAAAAGAUUUCUACCAGUCCAACUUAAACACACCAACUGUUUCCACCGGAGGAAGGAAAAGCUACAAACUGAGUAAGCUACUAACACCACAGGAAAAGUUUGGAAAAAGAAAAAAAAAUAAAGCUAGCCGAAAUUUUCUGGGAUUAAAAAAAGGGGUGAACAUGGCUAAGGGGUCGAGUGGUAAGGCCUCCCAAAAUGAGGCUUCGCUAAAUGAGGAUGCGCUAAAUGGGGCCUCCCCGAAUGGAUUUCCCGUUGAGAAGACAGGCUCUGGGGAAACCCUCCAAGAGGGGGACUCCAUCGAUGAGGCGAAGCAGUUAGUCACUUCAUCAUCUUCGCUUGCGCAAGGGGACAGCGCGCAGGUAGGUCACCCCACAGGGAAGUCAAUGGAAGACCAGGAAGAUCCAUCCAGAGAAGCACCACCCCUCCAGAGGUACACAGCAGAACCAAGCGAUCCCUACUUCACCAAAGGGGAAUACGACGCAUCAAAGGAUAUACUUCGAGAGAAGACGUGUCUCUACGAUGCAGGGACAGUCUCUGCUAGUUUACUGCCCGGUUACAAAGAAGUAAGCUUCGAGGGGAUAGGGAAGGCUGAAGGGAACAAAGCAUCUGCUACGGAGUCAAAGUCAGGCAGGGUACAAAGAAAUGCCAUGUACCUGCCGAACCGAUUUUAUAGUCAUCACAACUUUAACCCAGUCAGAAGUGAGGGUGGUCAAGACGGGGCCUACUACAUUAACGGGUUAAGUACGCUGGAUGGUUCUCUCUUCACCUCGGUCGACCUGUCUCAAGGGACCAUCCACAAGCAGUACAACAUCGGGGUUACCUAUCCUUAUGGAGUUCCCUUUGUGGAUGUGAAGAAGCGGGGUAGGAAGUGA